GCGGAUGCCUCGGUCGCCCAGUCAGUCUGGCCGGCAGACGUCAACGAGGAAUGACCAUGUGGUGCGAACGACUCGUCCUGUUCGUGGUCUCGCUGCUCCUUGCCGGCUCCUGCGCCGGACAGUGGGCCGUGGUCAAGGGUUACCGCGUCGUCAUGAAGGCGGAUAUCGUCCGAGACUUUCCGGGCAUGUGCUACGACGUGAGUAGUUGCUCGGCGAGGGCAGUGAACGAGAGCUGGGCCAUCGGUGCGUGCAGCAGGGCGGCGUGCGAGAUGGACGAAUCCGGCAUCCUGCUCGAAGUGCACUACACGUGCCCGCGGCUGCAGAACCGACCGACGCUUCUGUGCGACAUCAUCGAAGACAAGCGUCUACCGUUCCCGGCAUGCUGCCCGCGCAUGAUCUGCCAGCGCCACAAGAAGCAGCCACCGCCAACGCAGACGCAACUCAAGCCCUUCACGCCGCACGUCAGCGUCGACAAGGAGCUGCGCAAGAUACCUUUCGUCCUCAAGAGGUUCCUAGAGGUCCAGAACACUACGCUGCUGGACGCCAUUAUCCUUAACCGCAUCAAGGCGCUUGAAGCCGCUGCCAACGCAAGCGCUGCCGGGAACGGAACGGCGGGUGACGCUACCUUCCGUGGGCCUUCGAGCGUGGAUGAAAUGGUGGAGGCAGCUCUGCUAACUACGCAGGGUCCUGGCGUCACGACACAGGACACCACGCCUUUCGGAACCACAGAUGGCGCCAUCACAACGACGUCGCCUGUGCAGACAACACCAACCGAGUCCCCAGUCGAGGUCAUACGUGGUACUGGCUUCCAGAGUGACUCAUUGCAACAAGAGCCGCGAAAGAGUGUGACAGUGCCAUCUGUCGGCGUAGAAGAUGACGACGACCUUUUCCUGAACGACGCACCCGUGGUUCCAUCGUCGGAAGCAGAAUCAUCCACAAGAGCUCCAGAGACUCCCAAGACGACCACCACAGCGAAGAAGCAAGACGAGGUCACCGAACUUACAAGGACAGCCGCAUUCACAUCUGACCGCACAAACAAGCCUGCAGUGACUGUCACGACCGAGACGCCCAGAAGUGAACCACUGACGGAGAUCUACGAUGAAACGACGACCAGAUCGCUCGGUCUUACUGUCCCCGAGUCCAUCUUUGGUAUCACAUCAUUGCCUUCGACGGAGCUGCCAGCUGAAACUACGCCUGCUCCCCCGGCGACAACCGAAACGAACCAACAAACCACGAUAAAAGAGGAGCGAGGUGACGCCGGAAAGAAGAGCGGCAACUUGCCAACAAUUCUCAGGUCCCUAGUAGACAACGUGUUCGACUACUACGACUAUAUUGACUACUACGUUCCCGGUCAAAAGCGCAACCUAACACAGCUGGCUCAAGAAAGGCCUGGAGACCGGAGAAGGAUCCCAGAGUCUAUGAUGGCACUGGUCAAGGAGCAGCUGAGCAAGCAGAAAGACAAGAACGAGACGACGCUAUUUGUCGAGGACCUUCAGGCGGAUCAGCCCGCACCAAAGAACAGCCCAGAAUCGACCACGCCAGACCCGGACAACCAAGAGUUCCAGAAAGAACUAGUCACCAAGAUGGCCAUGGACAUUCCGCGUGUGACGAAGCAAGACGUUCAGGACACGACGACCGCCGCAUUCGCUAGAACGGAGACUGCGACGCAAGAAGUAGCACGCACGGACGUCGCAUCCACCACUGCAGCUACGGCCACCGAAGCGACCGGCACAACUACAACGAACAAACAGAUUGCUGAUACAACAACAGAGAGCAGCACAGACGCGACGACCCAACCGACGGGAAGGGAUGCAACUCUUACGCUGGUAAAAAGUAUCGCAACACAGUCGCGAGCUAAAGUGAACCUCGCAAUUGAAAAUCUUUCAUCCGAGAUACCCGAAGACAGGACGACGACUGGUGUUCCCGCAUCGACGGUCACAUCGGCAAUACCGAAGUCUACCUUGACGCCAACAACGCCGGGUAGGACCACAACUGUCCCAACCACGCUGUCUACGCCAGCCUCAACUCAAGAGGUGACGACGGCGGCUGUCACAACGACAAGGACAACGGGCGCGCCGGAAACUUCCCGCCGACCAGAGACAACGCAGUCUGCGACUCGCUCUUACCAAAACGCAGUAGAGACCGAGGCCGUCUUCGUCGGCACGACCAACGCUGAUGUUGCUGGAACCACGUCCGCAGUGGCAACGACGCCUGCACCCAGAGGAACAGAGACGUCUACAACACCGCCAACGACUAUCACUCAACAGACGACGACGACGACGACGACGACGAGAAAUGUUGAAACGACAAGACCCAGCACGUCCACGAAAACCGCUGGAACGACAACAACUGGUACCCGCCAACCGCAGACCGUGACGACGACGACAGGAUCGAGGACAAGUUCGGAUAUCACCGAGACGAGCCCGCAGGUGCAAACAACGAUUCAAACACAGCCACUUCUGUCCGGACGCAACGACACUAUCCCUCUGCUCACGAGUCCCGAGCCCGCUACUUCUAGCGCCACAGCGCCAGCAACACCUACCACACCGCCUUCAACGUCAACUAGGACUUUGGAGAAGGCUCUCGGUGACGCCCCGAACACGGUGCGGGCGAACGCUCUGCAAAAGGAUGGCGCACAGCAGCAAAGGUCCGGUAACUCCACGAUCAAAGGCCAGCCCACGCCGCCGACCAACAACAACGACGUAGAGUACAUCGACUAUGUCUAUUACUACGACUACAUCGACACUCCCGACAACUCGACGGCUAACGGUACCGCCUCCACAAAUAGCACGGGAACCCGACUGACCAAACUGCAAAGGGCCGCAAAAUGAACGUCACGCUGAAUGGUGAAACGACGAGGCAAUAGAUGAACUGUUUCUUGUUUCUAUUUAAAUGAGAUCCUGAAUGAGUUAUUGGAUGGCGAGGUGUUAGAGGUCACCUCUCAAGGAUGGAAAGUCGACUAAGAACUUUGUCUAGUCGGCAGGCAAAUUUAAGAAUUGUCCUUUUUUUUCCCUUCUGGUGGAGUACGCCAAUGGCCACGAACUGGAAUGGUGUAGUUGGAAUGGUUGGCAGAGCAAGUUUGUAUAGUUGUUGUUUGUGAUGCAUAUCUGUAUUUUCUUUUUUUUUUUUCUCGUCUUUCUUUCGUCUCAUAUUGCCCGCGAUAUGGUCAGGGCAUGAUUGUUCAGUGCCCCUACUCCCUGUUAGUUGACAAAUGCAUCUUCACUAUGUGUGAUACUUGAAUAGAGAUUUGACACGGAUGCCAACGGCUGAGCGCUACAGCCAGCUCGCUAGUAUACUCUGCUCCUAAAGUAAGCAUGACUCCACUAGCCAAACCAGAGGUCGGUAGGGCUGGUUGCAUCUGGAGUAGCGUCAAUAGUAACAAUCAUCGUACGUAAGCAAAUGACGUAUAUUGUGUGCCUACAGUAUGCAAUGCUGAAAUGUCACCCACUUCAGUCCAUAUUUUCACUUCACGUCUUUAUUGCUUUUCUUCAGCUGCCUACCGUAAGGUGUGUGUGAAUGGUUAAAUGAACUCGCCUCAGUAAAUCCCACGUAACUACAACCUCAAAGCGGCGCGACAUGUGAAAGUGAUGCACAAGUUCAUUAACUCCGCUUUUUCUACCCCCGAAGCGACGACACUUUGAACCAAAUAAGCGCCAUAGAUAUUUCAAUUCUUUGGCAGACGAAGUGCCAUAGGCACAUAUGGCGCCAUGUUUUGCGAACUGGAAAAACUGGGCGUGUCGUCGAUGACUUGGUCGUCAGCGCUUUCAUUCUGUCUACUGGGAAGUCUUGUUUUGUGCACGUGGUGUCGCUUUCGGCUUGACGUAGUUAUUGAGGCAUGACGUCUUGGAGUGAAUCCUUGCAGCUCCUACUUUGUAUUAUACCUUACAAGCGAUCCCCAGUCGCCAUUACUGGGUCUGCUUUACAAUGUGUUGUUGAUACCAUAUUGCAAAUAAAAUGUUGUUAUGCGCUCUGCGA